AUGCGCCUUCUCAUAUUUCUUAUUCUGAUAGUUAGGUGUUGGAGUGACAUACAAAUAUCGAUAAACCCAAAAGGGGAAUAUACUAUUAUUAUUAAUGAUCAUGUAUGGCUUCGUUCUUCUCGCACAGCUAUAUAUGCAGAUAAUCAAUGGUAUUCGUCACAUGAUAACUCUUUACCAUUGGCAAAUAUAACUUAUGUGCAAGGUACUGAUCCGAAUUUAGGUAAUUGGAAUGAAACUCAAUUGAUUUAUGACCUUGUUCGAAGCGGAAUGCAUACCAAAGUAGUUGGCCAUAUACGUCAAUGGAAUUCAAUUUCAGCAAUAACAUUUCAUUUGGAUACUGGUAAUCAAGUGAUGACGAAUACAAUUCCUCUCCAUGUAGAAAAUGUUCGUACAGUAUUUCCAUCAUUUCAUAUUGAACGAAUUGACAAAAAUGAUGAACGAGGUUACUUUACAUUUGAAGGAGAGAUGUCAGGUGAUAAUCACAAACAUGCCGGUAGAUGGGAUGCAUUAAGCGACGUUAUUCGAUCAGGAAUGAAUGGUGGUCCGAUCGCUGUUUUCAAUCUUACUCAACGAGGUGAAAAGGACUUAAUAGUCCUUUCACCGUUUUCUCAAUUUAUGGCAACUUCAUUAAGUCAAACAGUCAACGUUUUAGAAUAUGGUGUCAUGGGUUCAAUACUAUCAAUCCCAGCAAAUUAUAAUCAUUCAAUGAUUAUUUAUUACUCACCACGUGGAAUCAAUGAAGGUCUGCGUGAAUGGGGUCAAACAAUGCAACAAGCAUACAAUCGAACGAAUCAAAAUCGUCUCAAUGAUCUUACUAUUAAUUAUCUUGGCUAUUAUACUGACAAUGGAGCUUAUUAUUAUUAUCAUACAGAAAAAGGAAUAAAUUAUGAAGAAACAUUAAUCGAUAUCUAUCAUAAAAUCCCACUUCCAUUUCAUUAUAUUCAACUAGAUUCAUGGUGGUAUUAUAAAGGAAUUCGAGAUGGAGUGUCUGCAUGGACAGCUCGGCCAGACAUAUUUCCUGAUGGUCUUCAACAAGUACAUCGUCGAUUAGGGAAUAUUUCUUUAGCAGCGCAUAAUCGUUAUUGGGCAUUUGAUACUGUUUAUAAACAAAAUUAUUCUUUUGUCCUGGAUGAAACAAAUGGACAAGCAUUACCCAUUGGAAAUGAUUCGUUUUGGAUCGAUUUAUUUACUCAAGCACACGAUUGGGGUCUUGUUCUUUAUGAACAAGAUUGGCUUGAUCAUCAAACUGUUGAUUUUUUGCCAACACGUACCGAUAUUAAUAUUGGUUAUCAAUGGUUAAUGUCAAUGGGCGAAGCAGGUGAAAAACUAGGAAUCAAUAUACAAUAUUGUAUGAGUUUACCACGUCAUAUUUUGCAAGCUUUACAAAUUCCACGUGUCACACAGGCACGAACAUCAAUUGAUUAUGCUGUUCAUAUUGUGCUUCCGAUUAAUGCUCAAUGGGCUAUUGGAAUAUCCAGUCUGCUCGCUGAUGCAGUUGGCUUAGCACCAUUUAAAGAUGUCUUUUGGUCUAGUUCAUUUGAACCAGAUGCACCUUAUCCAGGAUUGCAUCGAGAAAUACUUCCAGAUCGCGAAAUGGCAGUUGCAACUCUUUCAACAGGACCGGUAAGCCCAGGCGAUGCAAUUAACUAUACGAAUGUUGAACGUAUCAUGCGAUGUUGUCGUCAAGAUGGCUUAAUUUUGAAACCAGAUCGACCAUUAACUAUGAUAAAUACAUUAAUAUCUGAUUGGGCUUUGUACGAUGAUUUUUCACAGGGAGAACUUUAUUCAACAAAAACAACGAUAAAUAACCAAACGUUUUUUAUUAUCUUUGCAUCAUCGAUGAAACGAGAUUAUUCAAUUUAUCCUUCGAUGAUUGGAGCUGAAUCGGGACUCAUUUGGUCAUAUGAUAAUUCAAGCAUAGUCUCAACGUUUAAUGAAAAUUAUCCUCUUGAUGUAUCAGCUAUUAAAUGCAACGAAUUAUCAUUAUGUCUUUGGUAUAUAUCACCUCUACUUUCAUUAAACGAUUCACUUGGAACUCAAUAUGCUCUUCUUGGUGAAUGGAAUAAAUGGACAGCUGUUAGUCAACAACGAUUUAUAUCCAUCAUGACUGAUACUGAAAAGAAUCAAGCAAUAAUUACUGUUCAAGGUGUAUCUUCUGAAAUAAUACCAGUCGUUGUCUUUCAUUCAACAUUACUUUCCGUUAUUGUUAACUGCCGAAUUUCAUCUAUAGACGGACAAGCUCAUGUUAUCGUUACUCCAUCGGAUGUCCAUUGUUCCUAG